AUGACUUUGGACUUUAACACAACUGACAGCAAGGCCUUGCAGGUCUUUGCUACAAGUGUAUUUUUCUUUAUUGUUACGCCUCUCUUUAUAGCCUUUCGAUUCUGGAGUCGUGUGACGAGGAGAUCCGGCCUGGGCUGGGAUGACAUGACUGUUAUAAUAUCUUUUUCAUGUGCUGUUGCUGUACAAGCACUAUUAAUGGUCGCUUGUAAUUAUGGAUUCGGUCAACAUAUUGAAAAGUUGACAACAACAAAUAAGAUGAUAGCUCUCAAGCUAUUCUAUAUCUCUCAGAUCUUUUACAAGCUCACAAUGAACUUGGCCAAGAUCUCAAUGCUUCUAUUCUACCUCCGCAUCUUCGUCCACAGAUGGUUCCGCAGAUGCUGCUUCACCCUCAUUGGCCUUGUUACCUGCUACACCAUAGCAGCAGUCACUCUAUCAAUCUUGCAAUGUAACCCCGUCAUCGGUGCCUGGGACAAGUCGAUGAACCCUACUUGCAUCGAUUUGGAAAAGUUCUGGCUCGCCAAUGCUGGUUACUCUAUUGGCACAGAUGUCUUGAUAUUGCUGCUGCCUAUGUAUCCUAUCUGCACUAGCAAAUUGUCUUGUGCUCAAAAGCGAGGCCUCAUUGUGCUUCUCACUUUGGGGGGUGGUCUUGUUAUUGCAACAUCUAUCGUGCGCAUGACAACCCUUCCAUUCACAGCCAAAACUCCCGAUACAACUUACAACAUAAGUUCCACCAUGUGGUCUCUCAUCGAGCAAAACCUAGCCAUCAUCUGCACAUGCCUCCCAAUGUGCCGCAUCCCCAUGCCUAAACGCUUCCCUCUUUGGGUUUCCGAAUCCGAACUCUCACAACCCGAAGUCUCCCAAGCAGCAGGCCCAACUAAGCGUCAAACCCGACGCUGGAGCCCUUAUACUGGACCCAGAAACGUACAAGGAGUCACGCGAAGCGUCGUGAUGAGCAACGAUGAUAAGAGUGACGAAGUUACACUGGACUCAUCGGACAGAACAUUUACCAUGUCCUCACUUUCCAGUGAUGUUGGUGCGAUAAGGAAGAUUGUUGAGUAUCAAGUUACGUUUGAGACGACACCCGAGAACAAUGUCUAA